UGGCAACUCUGCUGAAAACAGCUGUUCGAGGAAACACCAACACACUGUUUUGUUUAUUUUAAGAGUUUUGUGUUUUAUUUAUUAAUUGUCGGGCCGAAAUGACUCUAGAUUUGGACGCGAAUAAGAAGGAUGACAAGCUGCUCAUCGCCACCAUCCAGCAGGAGUACAAAAUCCUGGCUGAAUACAAAAUGAUCGAGUCGGAGAAGUUAGGAGGCCUAUAUGUGAUACCUAGCUAUGCAAAUUCCCUGCAGUGGUUCGGGGUCUUCUUUGGACGCCAGGGCUUCUAUGCAGAAAGUGUUUUUCGCUUCUCAAUUUUGCUGCCCGACCGUUUUCCCGACGACAAAAGUCUUCCGACCAUAAUAUUCCAGCAGGAUGUGCUGCACCCCCAUGUGUGCCCCUACACCCACACUUUGGACGUGAGUCACGCCUUCCCGGAGUGGCGGUGUGGCGAAGAUCAUCUCUGGCAGCUUCUGAAGUACGUGCAGGCCAUAUUCUCCGAUCCCGUGGACAGCAUUCGUGGCAUUGAAGUGGACAAACUGAAGAACGGCGAGGCUGCAGAGCUGCUAAUGGGCAACAAGGAGGAGUUUGCGACCCGCGUCCAAGAAAACAUAAAGGAGAGCAAGGAGCACAUCUACGACACUCCGCCCACCGAGGAUCCGCACUACAUAGUAUUCGAGAAGUUUCAAACGGACGUACACGGACCCGUUCUGGAGCGCAUAAGGGCUGGGAGAAGCAAGCAGACGGAAUCCUCUUCGCAACAGGCGAAUGCAGGCCACGCCACUGGUCUCUCCUGGGUGAAGGAGGGCGAGUUCAAGCCCCUCAGCAUUGAGUAAAAACAAUUUACCAGCCCUGUAAGUUAUCUACGUAGUACUAACGUUGUCUCAAUUUUAAUCCAUUAAAGUUAUUCGAUUAUA